AUGAGCUGCAGCAGCGUUGCGAGCUCCGAGUUCUCUGAGGAAGAGCUUGAACUUGGCGGUCUGGUCCAAUGCGAAGAUGAAGGAAGUCCCAAGCCAUCAUUCCAAGACGAGAGUUCAACCAGCAGCCCAAGCGAAGCAGAGGAAGGCCAAACCAAGAAGCGCAACCGACCGGUUCGCUCAAAAGCUCGAAGAAUGGCCGCUAAUGUCCGCGAGCGAAAACGCAUUAUGGACUACAACCAGGCGUUCAAUGCCCUCCGUGUUGCCCUGAACCAUGACCUCAGUGGCAAACGGCUGUCCAAGAUUGCCACACUGCAGCGAGCCAUCAACCGCAUCUCUGCUCUCUCAGUUUUCCUGAGCUCUCAUCCACCCAGUAAGCCCUGCACCCACCGUGAGUGCAACAGGUCAUCAGUGGGACCGGCAGCGAUGGGGGCGUCACGGCUUGAGCAGACCAGGUUAACAGUUCCUUGUCCGGAGCAUCAGAGCUACGUCCCCUGGCACGCAUCCAUCUCUCAACAGAUGCAGCCACAGCCAGCGCCUCACAUGCACAGACCUCAUGCCUACGUAGACAACACAGUGCCAUCAUGUCCCCCAUCACCACACUACCCUUGUUAUCCCACCGAGGGACAGUUUUAUGCCUCACACAGACACUGUGGCACCCCCUGUGAUCUUCCACCCAGCCCUCUGAGAUACCCUCAGGUGGAUGAGGGGUUGGGAUACCAGCCGGGGAUGUGGGCCUCCUGCACUCAGGGAUACAUGGACACCUUUGCAGAGCCAUCUGCUACUCUGGGACUUCCAUGGCAGGUGAGCUACCUGCAGGAGCCGGAGAGCAGCUUCCCCCUGUGCUCUGAUAUACUGUAA